GUUUUAUUUUCUUUAGCCCAUUACAUUCUGGGAAAUGUACACAAUCAUGUGUUAUAUUUAAGUAUAAGGUGGCCAAUGCAGGCGUUAAUACUUUUACGAAAGUAACGAAUAUUGUCGAUAUUGUUAUGAUCACAGAGGUUAUGACCUUGCAAAUAUUCAACAGAUGGCAGAAACGUCGUGGUAUUAAAAAUGGCUGAAGUUAAUGGUUAGGAAGUUUUGGAAUCAAUUGUAUGUAAUUCUGAUUCCUGUGAAGGCGUUAAGUAUUAUGUGUUUUAUGUUUUAUACGUGUUUAAUGUUGAAAUAUGAGUAUGUGAAAAUAUUCUGACAAGAUAAAACAAUGAACUACAUAACUUAAGUUGUGGUGUAACUACGUUAGUUGGGCGUGUUGGUCAAGUAGGGCAAGAGGUUAUUGCGCUCACAGAACACAUGGGCGGAAGGCAGUUAAAUGGAGAUGUAAUAUUUAUAAGACAAAUGAUGAUCCCAACUAGAGAGAAUAUAUGAUUGACAGAUAAUAAUGAACCAGGAUGCUGAACAGUGAGGAAGUGUGGACACUGUGGGCUGUGACAGUGGGAGUAACCGUCCCCCUCGUUGCUGUAGUGAUGGCCUGCAUCUGCUGCAGGAAAACUGUACCAAAGAAUGAAUUACUGGGGCUUGCAGGCUUGGUGAAAAUAACCAGUUCUGAAGAGAACUUGAAUCAUAACCAACAUUCAAAUGAGACUGAUGCUUGCACUGUGAUUGGCAGUGGGGUCUCUUGUGCAGACACCACAGAAACAAACAAAAGGGUUUCAGCCACAGCGAACAGAAGUCUGCCAGACAUUCCAGUUGACUCACAAAGGAUCCGACUGGAGAGUGGUGACACCGUGUGGGAGAACAGUGAACCAAAUGGCGACACUAACUCUGAAUUGUAUGCCACUGUUGAAGAGAACAAGAAUGUUUCACAACUUUUAGCAACAAGAACAGCCUCUGGAGCCAACAAAAAGCGCUCCCUGCAGGACGAGAGCAAGAGCAGUGAGCACAGUUCAUUGAGUCAGACAGAUGACAGCUUUUCUCCAUAUGCACGUCUCAGUGCGGAGCAUCCAUAUGACAGACUACGGAGUGAGCACCCAUAUGCCCAGGUUGGAGUGAAUAAUGAGCUGGACAGGGCCAUGUAUGACUUAACACAUGGAUAUGGAAAUCAUCGAGCUUCUGUGCAGAGUGAAGAUUUGCAGUCAUUGCGUCCCAGUACAAGUGGUGACACCAUUCCAAGGCCUUUAUCUAGUCAGCAAGCUGGAACCUCCAUCAAUCCUGUGCCUCCCCCAAGGACAAGAAAGUCCUCUUCCCACAAUUCUCUUCUGUUGGCCCAAACCGCAACAUUGCUGCCAGGUUCAGUGCCUGACAUCCAAGCAGCAACAGCUAUAGCAGGUCAGAUAUCUGCCAACCAGGAAUUGCCGUAUAUGACUCCUCCAGUCCCCACUCCAGAGAUGAACCCACCACAGCAACAACAAGUGAAUUUCAGCGGUGAUUCUCAGGAUUCCAAGGGCUAUACAAGCAUCAGUGUGAGAGAACCACUUGCAAAUAUAAAAGCACAAACCAGAAUGGUCAGUCAGAGGAGCAGAACCCAGGAGCUGGUGGAUUCUCAUUAUGCCACUGUGUCCGAUGAUUCAGAUGAGAUGUAUGCUGCAAUAGAUGAUCCAGGGCAGGUGUACACGAGCGGAAGUGAAACAUAUGCACAAAUACAACCUCUGGCAAUAUUGGAAGUAACUCCUGAAGCAAGUGCUGACAGCUCACACUAUCCUCCACAGCCUCCAAGUGUUGACAGUUUGAAACAUGUUGCCCAGGUUCAUUCUCGUCAAGCCUCAUCAUCCAGUGCUGCUAGUUCUGUUGCAAACCUUGGGUCCCCAAAACCCGAGAAACGACAGGCCAACUCCCCUCUGCCUCCACCUCCUGCUGGCAGCCCUGAUCUGUAUGCUGCUGUGGAUAAAAAGAGCACAGGUCUGGCUGUGAGUCGCAACCUUGAGGAAAUGUAUGCAAAGGUGAUGAAGAAGAAGCAGCGGGGUGUUGGGCCAGACAUGGAUCAAGGACAGCAACCAGGACCAGACAGACUGGAGCAUACAGACAAUGUGAGCCAUGCUUCCAUCGACACAACCUCAAGUCAGGGAUCCCCAGAGCUACAAACUCAACAAGAAGCAGACAGAAUCUCUGCAUGCAGCUCAGAUCAUGAUUCUGCUGUUGGUUCUGCCACUAAUGUGGUUGACCCAGGGUAUGAGAUGCUGCACAGUUCACCAUCUCAUCAGUUUCUAAAUCCAACUAAUACUCUAGAACCAAGUUAUGAGAGCCUUGGUGGACCUAGCAGCACUGAUACUUCUUACCAUGACCCAGGUUAUGAAAUGGUGCAGCGACAUCUCUCAGAUAGUGAUCCCAAUUAUGAGGAACUCCGACCUCAAUCCAGGGAUCCUUCAGUUACAAACUCAAGGGUGAAUUUUGUCCAUACUGAACAGUGUGGCAGUGAGAGUCAUCCUGAGAAUGGCAGGAAUGAAGCACCAGGUAGGUUAAAUAUUGAUGUAGGAUAUGAGCAGGUGGGGUCGCAAGCAGUACAAGUGGAAUUAGGACCCAAAUCUUAUGAUAGGCUUGACCCAGGGUGUAUGGAGUUCAGGUCUGGAUCAGUACAGGAUAUCCAUUUGUACAGAGAAUCAGGGCCCCAUUCUUUUGAUAGGUUGGACCCAGGGUAUGAGCAAGUGAGGUCUGUUAUGCAGGAAGUGAGGUAUGUAAGUGUAAAUAACAACUGUGGCUCUCUGAGUGAAGGAACAGACACAUACUAUGCAUGUGUAGCUAAGGGCAGUAGUGUACCAUCAUAUGAGCAGGUUAGAUCUCAUAGUGGAAGGGACAUGGAAAAUCAUGCCACAAACCUACACAGUGUCAGCAGCGAAGAGCAUGACCCUGGCUAUGAAGAAGUCAAAUGCAAUGGAGCCAAGAGGAGCAAUGACAAGAAAAUGGUUGGUGCACAAUCUGGCUAUGAGAGAUUGCACUCGAAAGGGUCAAGUGAUGCUGAAACAUGCAGUGGGCCAGAGCCUGACUAUGCAUGUGUUGACAGGAACAGAGAUCCAUCUGAUGAUACAGGAGAACCAAAUUAUGAAAGCAUGUCAAGUGAAGGACAGGAUGUGGUGUCUCUCAUGACAGAUGAUCCAAACUAUGAGAGUGUCAGUUACUUUGAUUUGCCAUGUGACCCACCAUAUGAGAGGUUACACAAUGAAACAAGAGACUCAGAUGGUACCUCAUCAGGAUAUGAGAAGGUUAAUGAUUGCAAUGACUUUUCUGUUGCUGGUGCAGAUGUGAAGCAGCUAACAUGCAGUCAUCUGGAGCCAGGUUAUGAGGAAGUGGGAAUGAGAUGGGACACUGUUAAUGGUGACUGCAGUGCUCAUUGCAUCGAGUCUCCUACAUCAGAGAGGUCUUGUCGCCUGAAUGAAGACAGUGAAAACUUGUGCCAACUCCAGGCCCAGACCAGCCCCACAAGAAUGUAGCAUUUAGUAAACACUAAACUAACCAUAAGUUGGAACACCCUUAUAGACAACAUUUUCUAAUAUAAAUAGCUGUGAAUAUUGUGAAAUAUUAGAUUCUUAUGGCAGUAACUUAUAGAUAAAUGUCUUGUGGGAUGUGAUGCUAUGUAUUUUCUAGAUCAUUACCAAUGUUUUUGGAUGAAACUGUAGCCUCUAUCUUCGGAGUAGAAAAUGGAGGCAACAGCUUCUCCAAAAUGUUGGUAAAAAUCUACCAGAUAAUAUAUCAUCAUAUCCCAUAAGACAGUAAUUUUCAAUGCCUUAUUGCAUUUAAUGAUCACGUUAUGUUUGUCUAGGAAACUGAAAUUAACAGCCAUGGGGAUCCGUUGCGCUGACCACGUGACACCCUCUAUCUGCUAAAGUUGGCAC